GCAAAAGGUUGUCCAAGGACAGUGUCACUUUUCAGCUGCUCCUGUUGCCUUCUGAGUGGCCAUGGCUGGGGAAAUUGUUUAUGCUGAUUUAAGGCAUCUUGGAGAUGGUUCUUCUCCUGCUGAGAAACAUCAUGCUCCUGUCUCCUGUCCAUGGUGGCAUGGGCUCCUCCUCAAAGCCGGGGGGCUGGGACAAUUCAUCCUGCUGGUCCUGGUGGUGGUGCUGAGUGUGCAGGUUUUUCAGGGCUUUCCACAGACAGUGGUGAUGAGAGUUCCCCAGCCAGAUGGUGAGAUCCAGGGAAGGAACCAGAAGGAGCAAUGCAUGUUUUCAUCCCUGGUGCGGUAUUUCUGCAAGGCCCAAGUGGAGAGCCUCACAGCCUAUGCUGACUGCAAGCUGUGUCCCCAGGACUGGCAGCUCCAUGGGGAAAGAUGCUACUGGCUUUCUGAGGAAUUGGGAAACUGGACUCAAGGCACAAAAAGCUGCAAAAAUCAAGACUCUCAGCUGGUGGUGCUCCAGGAAAAGAAAGAAAGGGAGCACAUCAAGGUUAUUACAGGCAAAAGCCCAGCACCAGUGUGGAUUGGAUUAAGAUCACAUCAGAAGGAGUGGAGAUGGGUGGAUGACACACCCUUCAACCCCAAAAUGUUUGGCACCUCCCUGAAGGAGAUGGGUGAAGGGUGCGGGACACUGAAAGCCAAGGGCUUUGAGAUUCAUCGAUGUGACACCAAACACAAAUGGGUUUGCAAAAAAAACCCUUUCCAGCUCUACCCAAUGACAGCAGGAGGCGAGGAGAAACAUGAUACCUCCAUCUGACACAUGCCCACCCCAAAACACCCAUCCCAUGAGAUGCUGGGGUAGAAUCAGCCCCAUCCUCAUCAUCAUUUCUUUGCAGGGGAUUUCAAGGUUUGCAAAUCCACUUCCCACAAGGAUCAAGACCAGCUUGGGAGGCACAG